AUGUUAUCCUCUUUUCUACUCAUCUCCCUCUCUCUCGCCCUAGACCAAGCCCACGCUGGUAUCUGGCCGGCGCCUAAAAAGCUGUCUACUGGCAAAGAUGUUCUGUUCAUAAGCCAAACACUGGAAAUUACAUACAAUGGAGGAUCUGUACGCUGGCUCUCUUCUUCCAAUCCCUCCCCCGUCGACGAGACACGACUUACUGAGAAUUUAUUCCACGCGCAGCUGCCCUACACAUAUGGUUACAACCCGGCCCCAGGAUCGACCUUUGACAGCAAAGACAUCGUGCAGGGUGGCGUAUCACGCGCCAUGGGUGCCAUUUUCCAGCAGAACUUUGUUCCGUGGAAGUUUCAUCAGAAAAAUAGCGACUUCGAACCGGACAUCUAUGCGACAGACAAGAAAUCGGUCAAGUCAUUGCAGAUCACCCAAACCGGCGAGGACGAGCCCUGCACGUUUAAGCCAGCUGCCGGCGAUGUGGACGAGUCCUACGCUCUGAACAUUACCGAGGACGGCUCAGCCACACUCGUGGCUAAUUCUUCCACCGGUGUCCUGAGAGGGCUAGAGACAUUUGUGCAACUCUUCUACCAGCACACGUCAGGAACUUCCUGGUACACCCCGCUGGCCCCUGUCGCCAUCGAAGACGCGCCGGAAUAUCCCCACCGCGGGAUUCUCUUGGAUGUGGCGCGAAACUUCUUUCCAGUCCAAGACGUCCUGAGGGUGAUAGACGCCAUGUCAUGGAAUAAGCUCAACCGUAUCCACAUUCACGCCACGGACUCGCAGUCAUGGCCGCUCGACAUUCCUGCGAUGCCGGACCUGUCUGCCAAGGGCGCCUACCGAAAGGGACUCUCCUACACACCCGAGGACCUGGCGAAGAUCCAGGAAUAUGCAGUUCACCGAGGAAUUGAGCCCAUCAUUGAGAUUGACAUGCCAGGCCACAUUGGCUCUGUCUCCUUCGCAUACCCGGAGCUGAUCGUGGCCUACAACGAGAAGCCAUACUACUGGUGGUGCGUGGAGCCGCCUUGCGGCGCCUUCAAGAUGAACGACACCAGGGUGGAUGAGUUCCUAGACAAGCUCUUUGAUGACCUCCUGCCGAGGGUCAACCCCUACUCGGCAUACUUUCACACUGGUGGCGACGAGCUGUACAAUAAUGAUUCGAUGCUGGACGAGGGAGUCAGAUCCAACUCGAGCGACGUCUUGCAGCCCCUCUUGCAGAAAUUCAUGGACAAGAACCACGCCCGAGUUCGCAAGCAUGGACUCGUGCCUUUUGUAUGGGAGGAGAUGCCGCUCCAUUGGAACAUCACGCUCGGAGACGACGUUGUCAUCCAGUCAUGGCUAGGGGGCGAUUCUGUCAAGACUUUGACAAGCAGGGGCCAUAAAGUGAUUGACAGCAACUACAACUACUGGUACGCCGACUGCGGCCGAGGACACUGGCUGAACUUCGACAACGGAGCGGCUUUCGAGAACUUCUUCCCAUUCGCCGACUGGUGCACGCCAGCGAAGGGAUGGCGCCUCAUGUACGCGCACGACCCGAGAGCCAAGCUCACCGACGAGGAGGCCGAGCUCGUGCUCGGAGGCGAGGUGGCCGCAUGGAGCGAGACGAUCGACCCCAUCAGCAUCGACGGGAUCCUGUGGCCGAGGGCCAGCGCGGCCGGCGAAGUGUUGUGGUCGGGUCGGCGGGACGAGACGGGACAGAACAGAAGCCAGUACGAUGCGGCACCGAGACUGGCCGAGUUCAGGGAGAGAAUGGUUGCGCGGGGCGUGAGAUCGGAGCCGGUGCAGAUGACUUUCUGCACCCAAGGCGACCCGACCGAGUGCGCCUGGCCCAUGUAA